AUGUCUCCUCCCACUACGGCUUCUUCGCCCUUCUCUCACGCGGCUAGCCUAGCCCACUACGAGACCAAGAACUCGUUCGAGCUCAUGGUCAUGGCGAAGCUACGUUGUAUUUCUGAUGCUGGUGAGAACCAGGAGAUUAUCGCGCGGCUGAUGGCGCAGGAUAGGGAGAAUGGGACUUGGCCUGGGAAGCACGAGGAGCCUGGGGCGGCUGCUGCGACGAAGACCGAUGGCGCGGCUGAGAUGAAGGAUGGGGAUGAGGUGGGUUUGGCGCCAGUUAUGGGGGUUUUGGUGAAGGAAGAGAUGACGCCUGGGCCUGGAGUUGGUGGUGAGCGAAGGGCAGAUCACGUGCCGGAGGCGGUUGUCUCCGAAGACAGACGCGCUCGUGCUGCGACUGCUAGCACCACUGCUACUAGCACGAGGAGCAGAAGCUCAAUUAUCCCCUUGUCACAACUGGCAAAAGAAUGGGAUCAGGAUUGGGGCGCACCUUUCGCUUUCCCUCUCGCUGCUACCACCGGCUCGAAACCCCAAGACAAACCCGUGACUCCUACUGAGUCUGUCUCCAGUGGCUCAAAGUCACCCGCCACACCCGCCUCUCCCUGCUCGCAAGUCUCUCCCGUCUCACAAGCCUCUCCUGUCUCGCAAGCCUCUCGCGCAUCUCUGGCAACUCCUGCCUCGUCCCCUCCCACCAUCCCGGCUUCGUUGAAAUCGAAUCCGUAUAACCUCCUCAUGGGGAAUGAGCAGGACAAUGGAGAAGGAGAAGAAGAAGAGGAGGAGGAGGAGGAGAGCGAGAACGAGGGGCUCAUCACCCCCCUGAAGAUGUGCACGGGGAAGGCGAGGGCUGCCACAGUGUCUACGGGGGCUGAGGUCACGUAUGCGGCAACGUCCAGUAAGGAUACUGCCGCUGCUCUUACGGAACAGCGUGAGAAGGUCCCGGCUCCCGAUUCGUUGGCCAGUUCCGAGCCGUCUGCUGAGGUUAUGUCGGUGCCUGGGGUCGGUCUGCUUCCUGAGUCUCCUGUUGUUGUGAGGGACUUUGGUGCUAUGGUUUCGAAUUCGCCCUCGUCAUCGCGGUCACUCGAAGAAGCAGCCCACAAGUCCGACGUGGCCGCCUUCUACAACAUGCCUUCCCCCUCGCCCGUUCGACCAGCGACAUCAACGAAGACCACGCCCGUACAGGUCUUCGUGAGCGCUCCUCCAUCGCCGCCGUCAUCGCCACCACAGUAUACUCAUACUGUUCCGUCGUCUUCCGCGCCCACCAAAACGACUCACCAGCCGCGCAACGAGAAGCGCAAACAAGACCAGGCUGUUGUGUCGUCGAAUAUGUGGGACGUGCUGGCCGCUGACGACUCCGUCGACGCCGAUGACCCCGCUUCUACUCCUGUUGCUGUUGACACUGAUGACAAUAACGAGGUUGAUAGUGAGGACGAGGCUCCACAAGCUCGGCAGGCGCAAAAGAAGAAGAACAGGAGGCGCGGAAAGAAAGGUGGAAAGAAGGUGCAGGCGAUGAAGCAGAAGGUGGAGCAGGCUGUGGAGGUUCCUGUUGUUAUCCAGCAGAUCAAGACGGUGGUGAAGCCGAAGCCGAAGCCGAAGCAGAUGAAGAUGGAGAUGUUGCAGGCGUUAGGUGUCACGGCUAUUGUCAUGGUUCUUGUUGCGCUUUUGGGUGCUCGCGUUCUAGCAUAG